AUGGCGGCGCGCGGGUUGCUAAGCAGCGCGCGGCGGCCGCGGGCGGGUGGGGACCGGCGCUCGCUGCGGACGUGCUGCGGGAGCGCGCGCGCGGCGGGUCCCGUGGGGGCCCCUGGGCCGGGCCGGGCCGCGUCCCGCUCGCCUCCUCGCCGGCGGCGGGUGCGCGGGGGAGGGCGGCCGGCGGCGGCGGGCUCUGAGGGGGCCUUCGCCCUCCGCGGCGGCGCACCGCUGCGCCCCUCCGUCCCCCCGGUUUUUGAAGCAUGUGAUGAAGAUAACAAAAGCUAUUUAAGCAGAAAGGACUUUAAAGUUGCUGUAGUAAUGUUUGGUUACAAACCCUCAAAGGUAUAUAUUUCCUCAGUAAUGUCUUCUGUGCAACCAGAAAAUUCAGGUAUAUUACUUAAAAAGUUUUUAAAUCUCGUGAGCACAAAGAAGACUGUGCAGCUAUUCAAUAGUGAAGCAAGGCACAUAUUUACAGCUUUUGACAUGCAAGGCAGGGGAUUUUUGACUUCGGAAGACUUCAAGAAAGCCUUCAAUUUAAUUUCUCCAAAAUUAUCUGAAAGAAUUGUAGUUGAAGCCUUCAGAGAAGUUGAUCAGGAUUCUGAUGGUCACGUCAGCUUCAAAGAGUUUGAAUCUGCAAUGAAGUACGGAGAAGAUGAAGUAUCAACACUGUACUUUGCCUAA